AUGGGUAGUCCACUGCCAAAGGAUUUACCACAGGCUAUUCGGCUCUUUAUCGAUGUAAGUAAGCCAAUAUCGCGAACGAGAUAUUCAACCGUCUUCAAGGGCCAAGGCAAGGUCAAGCGAGACAAAAAGUAUUUGAUAAAAAUGGUUGAGAAGCACAAUAUGGACCAGAUAAGAAGCGGCGAGUUCAAAGAGCUUCAGAUAAUACGUCAAUUGCAGGGUCAUGCGAAUAUUGUUCAACUGAUUUAUAGCGUUGAGCAACCAAAGCAAGCCUAUAUAAUUAAAGAGUGUCUGGAUACCGAUGUCUCGAAACUAAUGUCACAAUACGGACCAUUUACGGAGAAAGUGGCUCGUCAGAUCGUAAGAGAUGUAACCUCAGGUCUGAUGCAUUUACAUCGCUCAAAAAUUAUUCAUCGUAACAUUAAGCCCGAGAAUUUGGUAAUUCAAUUGAAAAAAUCAACUUCUGAUGGCACUUGCCCUGAAAUAUCGGCGGUGAAAAUAUCUGAUUUUGGCCUGGCCACAUACUAUUCUGGAAAGAAAAUCUAUGAAUGCUGUGGCACAGGAAACUUUGUGCCUCCAGAGACGGUCAAACACAGUGGAUAUGACUUUGGGAUCGAUAUUUGGUGCUUGGGUGUAACUCUCUUCUAUAUGGUUUGCAAUGAGUAUCCUUUUGGCAAUAACUUAACUAAUUCGGAUGAGAUUUUUAUGUCUACCCUUCAUUCCUCUCCUUGUUUGCCGUCGUCUAAAAGAUCUCAAUUGAGUAACGAACUCCAAUUAUGUAUAGACGGAAUGCUCAACAAGAUACCCGCAUUUCGGCUAACUGUCGCAGAUAUAGCAAGGCAUCCCUUUCUUCGCGAAACAUAA